CUUUAUAUUAAGAAAAAGGCAAAGGAAGCCCAAAAAAGGUCAUAAAGGCAUCCAAUGGAGGCAAUUACGUAGUUUGGAAGCCCACUUCUUUUGACCAAAUAGUCUAACUCUAGUUCUAUAGAGUAAAAGCUGUAUACAUGGCGCAAAGGUAGCAGAAUCAAAAGAAUCUUAGGUUUCAAAGUUGUUUUUGUCUCGAGAUCCAGGAAAUACUAUAAACAAGUUCACUCCCUUAACCUCAUCUUUACUCCAGUGGGUCUCCUUUUUUUCUUAUUGGGGCCUGAAAUGAGCUAUAUGUUAAGAUUAAUCUGAUACAACAACUUCUGACCACCAACUGCAGUCCCUUUAGUAAAGCUUUGCUUAACCCAUGACUCGAUUCUCGUCAAGAAGCAGAUGCUCAUACCCUUUACUGGUUUGUAGUUUGGUGGGGUUCUUUAUUCUGCUUCAUUUCUCAUCCUUGGGUAGUUACAGAGGUUCUCAAGAUGGGCAGGUCCGAGAAGGGACGAAUACAAAUCUUCAGCCCUUUGUUCAUGAAUAUGAAGAGUUGGAGGAGAUCAAAAUUCCUCAGCAAAGAGGAAGCCAAUCUUCAGAAGCUAAUGUCCUAAUUGAUGAAUUCCUUGAUAAGUCUUCUAAACUAAGGCACAAUUUCUUUCCUGACAAGAGGACUAGCAUAGACCCUCGAAAGAAUACUAAAGAUGACAGCUUUUACUAUUACCCUGGGAGAAUUUGGCUAGAUACUGAUGGACAUCCUAUUCAAGCUCAUGGUGGUGGAAUUCUUUACGAUAAAAGAUCAAGAAUGUACUAUUGGUAUGGCGAGUACAAGAAUGGUCCUACUUAUCGAGCCCCUGGGAAGAACGUAGCUCGAGUAGACAUAAUUGGUGUUGGCUGCUACUCUUCUAAAGAUUUAUGGACUUGGAAGAAUGAGGGUAUUGUAUUAGCCGCGGAGGAAAUAGAUGAGGCUCAUGACCUUCACAAGUCUAAGGUGUUAGAGAGGCCUAAAGUGAUCUACAAUGAGAAGACAGGUAAAUAUGUAAUGUGGAUGCAUAUUGAUGAUGCUAACUAUACCAAAGCCUCUGUUGGAAUUGCUACAAGCAAUUCCCCUGUUGGUCCUUUUCGAUAUCGAUAUAGUAAAAGGCCUCAUGGUUUUGAAAGCAGGGACAUGACUUUGUUCAAAGAUGAUCAUGGAAAGGCAUAUGUCAUUUACUCCUCCGUUCACAACAGGGAGCUUCAUAUUGGUCUUCUUGAUCAAGAUUAUGUUGAUGUUACUAAUGUUAUGUCAAGGGUUCUUGUGGGACAGUAUAGGGAGGCUCCUGCUUUGUUCAAGCACAAAGGAACUUACUACAUGAUCACAUCAGGGUGCAGUGGUUGGGCACCAAAUGAGGCACUGGCUCAUGUGGCUGAAUCAAUGAUGGGACCAUGGGUGACUAUAGGCAACCCAUGUAUAGGUGCAAACAAAGUUUUUCAAGUCACUACAUUCUUUGCUCAGAGCACAUAUGUGCUCCCUAUUUCUCCUGGUUCGUUUAUUUUCAUGGCUGAUCGAUGGAAUCCAGAUGACUUGAGUGAGUCUAGGUAUGUAUGGCUUCCUUUAACAGUGGAGGAAGAAGCUAGCAGUUGGCGACAAAGAGUAUCUAUCUUUUGGCAUAAAAGAUGGAAGCCUCUUAAAAGUCUAGCUUAGAAGAAAUGCUUAUAAUUUCUUCUGAAACAGUGGUUAUUCUCAUCAUAGAGUAAGCUUACUAGCCUUUUAUGAAGUAUUUACAAUGUGAAGUGAUACAAGUUGUUUAUUAAGAUAACUUGUUACCUUGUUGGAACUAGCAAUACAUACAGCUUUAAGCCAUAUAUAUCAAGAUGUAUGAUUGCAGC